AUGGCUAUAUUGAUUUCACUACUCUUGCUAGUCAUAGGGAUCGGAAUCUUAAUCCUUAUACACGUUUGCGUAGUCGGGAGGACACUGAGGCAGGGCAUAAUAGCCAGGUACAGUGUGGAGAGGGGCCGUCUUGGGAGCAGAAGCCUAUCGAGGGACGAAAUAGAGAAGCUCCCGUGCUUCGAUUUUCAAGGGAAGGAUGAGGAGAAGGGGGCAACGUCGACGAGCCCUUGUGCGGACUGUGCUGUUUGUUUGGAGAUGUUUCGGGCAGGGGAGAAGUGCCGCCUUCUGCCGUUGUGCAAUCACAGCUUUCAUGCGGAGUGUGUGGAUGUGUGGCUGAUGAAGGUUUCGGUGUGUCCAAUUUGUAGGGCUGAUUUGGACAAAAGUGGGUCACUGUUUGGUGAGGAGAGAAGGAGUGAGACUACUGGGAUUGAGAUUAAUGCCCAGGAGAACCAAACAGGGAGUUGA